CAACAAAAUCAGUAAAGGAGAGAUGAGCCUUUGUUACAAAGGAAAAGUUAUAUUAGCACCAAUGGUUAGAGUUGGUACUCUACCAAUGCGACUCCUUGCUCUGAAAUAUGGAGCUGAUAUUGUUUAUGCUGAGGAAAUAAUUGAUUUUAAAAUUCUCAAGACAACCCGAAUUGAAAACAAACUUUUGGGCACAGUUGACUUUGUGCUCACUGAUGGAACAGUUGUGUUUAGGACGUGUCAGGCAGAGAAACAGAAUGUUGUCUUUCAAAUGGGCACAGCAGACCCAGAGAGAGCCUUGAAAGUUGCAAAACUCUUAGAAAAUGAUGUUGCUGGAAUUGAUGUAAACAUGGGCUGUCCAAAAGAUUAUUCUUGCAAGGGAGGGAUGGGUGCAGCAUUAUUGUCCCAACCAGACAAUGUGCACAAGAUCCUUACAACCCUUGUGCAGGGAGUGUCAAUGCCAGUAACAUGCAAAAUAAGAAUUUUGCCCACUAUUGAAGAAACAGUUGGUUUUGCUAAAAUGGUAGAGGAAACCGGUAUCGUCGCUCUGGCUGUUCAUGGAAGGGAAAAACACGAGCGUUCACGAGAUCCGGUGCACAUUAAUGUCAUACGUGAAGUUGCCAAGGCUGUCUCCAUUCCUGUAAUUGCAAAUGGUGUGUCACUACUGGUAAAUACGUACAAAGAUAUUGAAAAAUAUCGUCAGGAGACAGGUUGUUCGUCAGUCAUGUUGGCAAGAGCCGCUCAAUGGAAUCCUUCAAUCUUUAGGAAAGAGGGUUGCUUAUCUGCCUCACAAGUGAUAACGGAGUAUAUUAAACUGGCUAUAGACUUUGACAAUAACUUUGGGAAUACAAAAUACUGCCUUCAGCGGCUGUUGCAUGAAGAUACAACAUCUUCAGAGGCUCUUCAGCUUCUUCAUGCUAAAGAAAUGCGAGACAUCUGUGAAAUAUGGAAUCUUACCUCAUACUUUGAUGAUGCCGUUCAGAGGAGAAAACAUAAAAUGGAAACCAUGAAAGAUGACGAGAAUGAGAAGAGGAAACGAAAAAGUUCAGAUUCUUCAAGUGAAAUAACUGAAAUUAAAGUCAAGUAUCUCAGAAAAAUGUACACAGGUGGUGUCACACCCAAAGGGAUCCUUCUAGAGUGGUCAAGGCGAAACAGAAUCAAACAGCCUACAUAUGAAACCAUUGAAAGAGAAGAGGAUAGAUGGUUCAAAAGUGUUGUUCUCGUCGGAGACAAAAAAUAUUCUUCAACGGAAUGGGAAGGCAGCAAAAAAGCUGCUGAACAGGCUGCCGCCAUUGUUUGUUUACAAUCCUUGGGUGUCCACGACGGACGAUUGAAGGCGGAGAGCACGUGACAUUACCUUUUUCUCCACGGUUCUCCGUGGAAUCAAGCUCAAACAAGCCCCGAAUGGAAUGAAACUGUAUGCUCUCUACUUAUCUCGGAAUGACACAUAAUUUACAUGGAUAGAGGUUGCAAACCACAAUUCAUCCAGUUGUUCAUCAAGACUGGCUUGUGUGUUUCAGGCGUAUUUUUGUGGUAGGCACUGUAUGGAUGUUGGCUGUUCUGUAGAAAACGAAAAAAAAAGGAAAUGGUUGUGCCCCGAAAAAGUCAAAAUUUCACUCUCCUGUUUUGUCUGAGUUCGUUGUUAGUUGUCAUGAAUGUCAUUAGUAUAUACCACAGGUGAAUGGUGCUUUUCGUGCGCACUGAUUGGCUCGUUCGGAAGUGAUUAGGAAGUGCACUUCACCUCUGAGCAGCCGCAGAGACAAAAUCGCGCGUCAAGAUUUUAAUUUGUGAUCAAUUUUCGGUGUAUUGACAGAAAUCCACGAAUUUUUCUAUUUCAGUCCAGUAUAUACUACAAAGACACUUCGCUAAGAUGAAAGUGUUGAAUAUUAACCUCCGUUUAUUUGAAUAAUGGAUCAUUAUUUAUUAUAGUGUUGCUAUGUUGAAAUGUGUUUAGUCAGAAAUCAAGUCCACUUAACAAGGGAAACUUAACAGUCGGUUACUUACACGAGGUUUAAACAAAACCGUGGUUUUACGCAAUCAGUGGGCCUUAGGUUGUACCUGUAGUUAGAUCGAUUUCAUUCACUAAAAGUCCUUUCCACUGUCAGCUUUCGUUCCUCGGACACUGUUCACAAAAUAAGUGUUCUGAUUAAAGGUUCGGCUAAACUGAAGAUGGUUUAGAACACGGUUUUGUUGAAAAACGGCUAACGUUUGUUUGAAUAAUCAGAUCAUGGAUUCCUACUUUGCAAUUUUCCCGCAGUUUUUUAAUUAUGAUGUCUCCAUUUUACCAGACAAAUAACUUUUGAUUUCCCCUUUUCGUUGAAGGCAACUUUCUAUGUCAAGACAAAAAAGGAAAAUUUCGUCACGUAGCGUAAACGUUGGCUGUUCGUUAAAAUACAUAUGUGCAUAGGCUUCGAAGCUGUCGGCAAAUGGUGCUUUUUAGUUAAAAAGAAGACAACGACAUUGAUCUCAUAUCAUGCCAUCAAGGUGCGGACAAAAUGAACGAAAGCAAAGGUUAUCUUGUUUUGUUAAAGAAGGUGUGCUUGAAAUUUCGUGCAGAGAGAAAUCAAGCUUGGACAUUUCUAAGGUAUUCUGUCGGAUGGAAUUUAGUUACACUCAACAUAGCCAUUAGUCUUUGAAAUUGUUUGUUAAACUGGGUUAAACGGUGUAAGCGAAUGGUUUGAGGCAGAACAACAUGGCCAGAGGUUGGAAAACGCCAUCGAUAAGAGGCGUCGGUCAUCGUUCUAAAAUAUGACUGCUGAAAUAAAGAAAAAUAAUUUAAACUGCAGAGUUGGCUCAGAGCCAGAACACUUUUGCAGCCGUUUCAAUGCGUUUUUUUUUUUUUUUACAUCGUUUAUGUCUUCUCGCUUUGCCUCGCUGGGAAUCAUGCUUGGACAUUUUCCAAGGUAUUCUGUCGGAUGGAAUUUCGUUCCCUCGAUAUAGCCAUUAGUUUUUGAAAUGUUUGUUAAACUGGGUAAAACGGUGCAAGCGAAUGGUUUGAGGCAAAACAACACGGCCAGAGGUCGGAGAACGCCAUCGAAAAUAUGCGGGAAGA